AUGACGAAUAAUAAAGAUUUUGAUUUACCUCCUUCCUACGAUGAAGCUGUGCAUAGUAGCAGCAGCAGUAACAGUAACAGACCUAAUCAUUCAUCACAACCACCCGCGCCUCCGGCAAGACCACAAACCAACCGACCACCACCACCACCACCACCAUCACAUCCUCCUACAUCUUCUUCUUCUUCUUCAAAUGCAAAUUUAUAUACUAAUAAUUUGAAUUUACCAUUUACAUAUAAACGGGGGUAUUAUUGUUCUAAAUGUAAAAAUUCUGGCUAUAAGAAAAAUGGAGAUAUUUGUCAUAAAUGUUGGCAAACACUUUAUUUGAAUCAAAAUGCUUAUAAUCCAAAUCAAAAAAAUUUACCAUUUACUUAUCCAAAAGGAUAUUAUUGUUCUAAAUGUCGAAACACAGGAUAUAAAUUGAAAAAUGGGAAAUCAUGUCAAAAUUGUUGGGAAUCAUUUGGACCAAGAAAUAGUUAUUCAUUUGUUAGUACUAAUUAUCAACCAUCGUAUUUUGGUAAUACUACUUUUGUUCCUAUGGGUGGCGGUCCUCCUGUGCCCAAUGCUAAACGUGUUGCUCCAGGAUCACCGGAAUUGGGCGGGAUACUAUGUGGGAAUUGUCGAGGACAAGGCAUGGUUCAUUUUUUGUUUGAUACUGAGUUAUGUCCCGUGUGUGGAGGGUUAGGAAGAGUAUUUACUGCACCACCACCGCCCCCUCCACCAAUGCCUCAGACUCCUUAUAUGCCACAAUAUCAACCACAAUAUACGAAUUAUGGAUCAAAAAGAUAA